UGUAAUUCCGUUCAUCGGUCUGACUUUUAUAUGGAAAGAAAGACAACGUGGAACAAAAGAAGGAAUUUGCAGUCACCCAUUACACUUCUGCCCUCCAAAAUCUGAAGCAAUGGCCAGCGUGAGAUCGGGCUCACCUCCUCCGUCGUCACCUCCCUCAGCCUCCAAUUCCGAGAACUCCGCCACCAGCCCCACCACCUCUCACACACAGAAGCCCCAGGUUGAGGGAGCAACGAAUAAUGGAGGAACUCUUACUGUGGACGAGAAAGAACCUGACUUGCCGGAGAACUUCGAGUAUCUUGACAGCACAGAAUACAUUGAGAGGUUCAAGAAAUAUGAAGCUGACUAUACUUGUCGGCUAAUGGCAAAAUACUUCUCAAAGAAGAAUCUUUAUGGUGGCAACAUUUAUGAUGGGGAUAUAACAAUUGAUGAUGAGGUCAUAAAGUCAAGCAGGUGGCCUUGCACUCGAUCAUAUGCAGACCCUGUGCAGGGUUUCGAAGAUCAAAGAAGCAGAGGUUCAGCUUAUUCAGAUGAAUCCCCAACCACUAUCUCCAAUGGGAAGCACCCUUUGAAGAAGAAUGGCUAACGAUAGAUCUGUUUCCCUUAUUCCCAGCCAUUUUGACCUACCUAUAUGGUAUUGUGUAUGCUUGAAUGCAUGUUGUGGACGAAAGAACCUACCGGCGGAAAUGAACCACAACUUUGCCUCAGACUCCCACUUAAUGUAAGCAAUGUACACAGUUAUGCAAUUAUCAAUCCAUUUGCUUCCAGAAA